AUGAGAUUUUUAAGGGGACUCUCGAAAUCCAUUCAACAUAUUUUUAAUGACGUGGAAUUUAAUUGGAAUAAACAAUUACAACAAAGGCAACAACAGAAGAUAAAUGAUGAUUUGAUCCCAUUGGAUUUAUCGGUUUGGAGUAGAUAUUUUUUAACUGAUAUAAUCUUAUCAACCUCAACGAAGAGUUCCUCAAAUAAUUUACCAGGGUUCAAAGGUUUAUCAGAAACGUUUAAAAGAAAUAAUAAUUGGUUAUUUUAUAAUUUAUUAGAAAUUAUUAAACAAAGGAGGAAUGAGAUCGCUUUAUUAAAGGAAAAGGAACCUAUCGAUUCAUCAGAUUUACUGGAUAUUUUGUUGACCAUAAAUACUCCACGUGAUCCCAAUGGAUUUGAUGAGGGAUUGGAUCAAAAUGAUAAUAAUAAUAAGCCAAUGUCCGAUAAUGAAAUUCUUGCCAUUAUAUUGGACAUCGAUAUUGGUGGUCGCGAUCCGACUGCAAGUACAUUUUGCUUUACGGUGUAUAAUAUUUGCAAACACCCUAAAGUGUUGCAAAAAUUUCGCGAAGAAAUUGUUGAUGUAUUGGGUACCGAUUUCUUACGACCAAUACUUUUCGAAGAUUUAAGUAAAUUCAAAUAUCUCGAAGCUGUAAUUAAAGAGACUCAAAGAAUCAUCCCAUUAAAUCCAUUAAUACCACUUCAAUCACAUAAUAAAAUAUCACUUAAUGGACAUAUGAUAGAGAAGGAUACCCCGAUAUGGUUACAUCAAGAAAAGCUUCAUAAAGAUGAAAAUUCUUGGCAUAAAUCAGAAAAUUUCAUACCGGAGCGAUUCCUUAAUAAAGAAUUAGGUAACAACAUAUUCAUACCUUGGUGUGAAGGUAUUAUUAGAAAUUGUCCAGGAAAAAAUAUGGCCAUGAUUAUAUUAAAAUGUUUAUUGAUAUUAUUAUUUAGAAAAUAUAAUAUUGAAUUAGUUGAUAAACUUAGUCCUGCCAAAGUAAUGUACUUUGGUAUAAAUCAUUCUUUUAAUUUAAAGGUCAAUAUAAAAAAGAGAGAAAAAUUUUAUUGA